UUUUAGGGUCCCGAGGAUUAUCCGGUCGUUGUUAUCAACAUCAUGGCGGCGUCCACACGAGCACAGGUGAUUUCUCUCUACAGAAUGAUGCUGACAGAGAGCAAGAAGUUCCCUUCGUACAACUACAGGACUUAUGCACUGCGGCGGGUCCGUGACGCCUUCAGGGCCAACAGGACGAUACAGGAUCCAGAGACGGUGCAGAGACUGAUGUUGGAGGGACAGCAGACCCUGCAGCUGAUACAGAGACAGGUUGCCAUCGGGAAGAUGUUUGAGACCCAGAAGACGGUGGUGGAGAAUUAACCCUCUGCUGCUCUUAAAGGAGCCAACCACAGGAAGUGACACCAGAGACUGGAGCCAAUCACUGCCCACCAUCACCACCGCCAACGACAACCAACUAGCUUAGUCCUCCAAUUAAACACGGUUUAAUUUCCCCAACACUGGAUGGAGCUAUGAGGUGCAUUAUGGGGGAUGUAGGACAGAGAAGAGCUGCUGGAGUUGAACUAGUUUUACUUUAAUGGAUGCAUUGAUCAGAUCUGAGUCAUUUCAGAUCACUUGUUAGUCUUUGUUUGUCAUUCAUGCUUCUUAAAGUGGGGAUUUAAUGGUUAAAAAGUAAAAUAAUUCAAACAUAUCAGUUUUCCAUGGCUGUCUUUAGAUAUGUUGUGUUUUCUGAAAUCCAAAGAUUUUCAUGUGUCAAAUGUCACAAAACAAAAAAAUCACACUUGACAAAGCUGGAAGUUUAUAAAUAAGGCCAAAGGUUACACCAGUGACACACUGUCCUUACGUCACAGAAAAAUGUCUGCUGUUGUGAGUUUGUCUCAUAAACUUUAGUCCCACACUUUCAUUCUUACAUUAUAGGUCUGUUAUAAUAAUAAUAAUAAUAAUAAUAAUAAUAAUAUUAAAUCUGAUCGGUGCAUCCCAGAUUUUUGUGUCUUUUUAUUAUUAUUUUGUAUUACAUGCACAAUAAUAUAUCCUCCAUGUGUUUAUGUGAUAUAUUCUUCAAUAAAGAGAAUAU